AUGUGGCGCGACCGCAUCUCCGGCCAGUCGACUCCCUCCAGCGUGAAUCGCGCGCCCUCAAUACCCCGGAGAUCCUCCUCCCAGCUAUCUCGUGGCCCUUAUAGCAAUCGACCCGGUGCAACCUCCAAGACAUCAUCUACACCUCUACUAUUAACUCCGAGCGACUCGACGACUUCACUUUCGGGGGUUGGACGAGAACCCAAUGGCACCGGAUUAAGGCAAACAAGCGGACAACGGCCCCGUCCGGCCACCGUUGAGGACCCGAUAGAGGUAUUGAAUGCGAUUAUUGGCAUAAGCGAGUCGGGGAAAGGUGACUCAAAGUCGCCGAAUCAGCCAGAAUCAAAGCCGUCAGAGCUGAUCGAGACGAUUGAGUUUGAUGGGCUGAGCCUGGAGGAGUUCGUCGCCAAAGCCGACGUGGCAGCUCCCACGCGAAGGACGAAACGUAGUGAGGUCAACGCGCAAACAGUCAAGCAGUUUGAGCAAGAGCGUGACAAAUUCCAGGACCUACAUACGUCCAUCACCGGCUGCGAUGAUGUGUCCAAGUCGGUUGAGCUCUACUUGAAUGACUUCCAGACGGAACUGGGCGCAGUGUCCGCGGAAAUCGAAACUCUGCAAACACGCUCCACACAACUAAAUGCGAUGCUGGAAAAUCGACGGAAUGUGGAACGACUGCUGGGCCCAGCAGUGGAGGAGAUUAGUAUCUCCCCCAAGACAGUGCGCACGAUUGUCGAGGGUCCAAUGGAUGAGAAUUGGGUGCGCGCAUUGAACGAGAUGGAUGCUCGCACCACUAGCAUUGAAGCUAAGGCAUCAUCGUCAAAUGGAUUCAAGGCUAUUGAAGACGUUCGACCUCUAUUGGUAGAUGUGAAAAAUAAGGCGAUUGAACGAAUUCGAGACUACCUGGUGUCGCAGAUCCGAGCAAUGCGAUCGCCAAACAUCAACUCUCAGAUCAUUCAGCAACAACGCCUGGUGAAGUUUAAGGAUCUUUACACAUAUCUCUCCAAGGCGCACCCUGCCCUUGCCGGGGAGAUUGCACAGGCCUACAUCAACACCAUGCGCUGGUAUUAUACAUCCAACUUUACGCGUUACUUACAAGCCCUGGAGAAGAUUAAGGUAUACCCCAGUGAUCGAAAUGAGGUUUUGGGAGGCGAUCCCUCGGCCCACCGAACUGGCAACAUCCUCCCAGGCGGCCGAGCUGGCUCUGCUGCCCAUGAUCCUUUCUCUCUGGGUCGACGCAUCGAUAUCCUUCGAAACACCAACCAGCAGGCCUUGUCGUCCUACCUAGCGGAACAAGACAACGCUUAUCAUGGGAUCGAAGUACCGUUCCGAAAUUUCAACGUUGCGCUGGUGGACAAUGUAUCCGCCGAGUAUUCUUUCCUCACAGAGUUCUUCUCUCCUUUCACAUUCCAUGAGAUUUCACGCAAGGUUGUGGAAAUUUUCCAGGCUGUCUUUACCCUGGGCCAGAACCUCACCAAGAAGCUGAUCGACAACACUACUGACUCUUUGGGUGUUUUGAUCUGUGUGCGUCUCAACCAACACUCAGCUUUUGACCUUCAGCGACGCAAAGUACCCGUCGCUGACUCCUAUAUCAAUGGUAUCAACAUGCACCUUUGGCCGCGCUUUCAGAUGAUCAUGGAUCUUCAUGGGGAAUCUCUCAAGCGAGCUGGUUCCAACACCGGACGCAGUGCCGUUUCCGCUCUUUCUCUAGCUGGUGGAGAUGAUCUAAAGCAGUCAUCGGCACCGCACUUCCUGACACAACGGUUCGGACAGUUGCUGCACGGCAUCCUCGUGCUGAGUAGUGACGCCGGGGACGACGAGCCCGUGGCAAACAGUUUGGCGCGCCUGAGAAGUGAAUUUGAUACCCUCCUGGCCAAACUCAGCCGAAACGGCACCGAUGCCAAACGCAGAGAACGAUUCCUGUUUAACAAUUAUUCGUUGAUAUUGACCAUCAUUAGUGACACCAAAGGCAAAUUAGCCACCGAACAGAGACAGCAUCUGGACGAGAUGUUGAAGAACUGCAGCAAGCGCGGAGCCCGCGAUCGGCGCGAUCCCCGUCCGCGGGGCCUCCGCCUUAUCGCGUCGUCAAUUGCUCAAUUAAAUUGUUACAACUCUCCAAUUGCUCCUGCUCGUGAUGUCGGUGCGCAGGAUUGUACCAAGAUCCCCUGCAUUGCGCCGCUGCUUUUCAAGUGCGCAAGUUCACCACGCAGACUUCACCCAUGCGCUGACCUCGCAAAGGUUAUUGGCGCCGGUGUCGUCGGCCUCUCAGUAGCUAGACAACUCGCCGCGCGCGAGGGCACUUCCACCAUUCUUCUUGAACGACACGAUGCACCAGGAACCGAGACGAGCAGUCGCAACUCCGAGGUUAUCCACGCCGGCCUCUACUACCCAGCCGACUCCCUAAAAACCAAACUCUGCAUCCGCGGCCGCAAUCUCCUCUACGAGCUGUGCUCCAAGCACGCCAUACCCCACCGCAACACCAAAAAAUGGAUCGUCGCCCAAACCCCCGAACAAUGGGAAGCUGCUCUACGGGUCCACACCCACGCCCAAGCCCUAGGCGACGCCCCGACUCGGCUCGUCGGCGCCGCCGAAGCGGCCACCCGAGAACCCGACGUCAAAGCUAACGCGGGUAUCGUCGAGAGCGAGACGACCGGUAUAGUGGAUAGUCACUCGCUGAUGACGUAUCUGCACGGUGACUUUGAAGAUCGCGGUGGGGACUGCGCGUUUAAGACGCGCGUGACGGGUGUGGAGCCCGUUGUUGGCGGCGGGUAUAAAAUCACGGCCGUGUCUGGGGAGGAUGGUUCCGAGACGAGCUUCACCGCUGAGACGGUGAUUAAUAGUGCGGGCCAUGGUGCUUGCGCUAUAAAUAAUCUGCUGCUCCCGUCGGAGCGGCAUCAAGUCCCGCAUUAUGCGAAGGGCACGUACUUCUCGUACAGUGCGUCGCGGCCUCGGACGUCGGUGCUGGUAUACCCGGUGACCAUGCCCGGGCAUGGGGGUCUGGGUACGCAUCUAACGCUCGACAUGGGUGGGCGAAUUCGCUUUGGGCCCGAUGUUGAGUGGGUGGAUGAUCCUAAUGACCUGCAGCCUAGCAAUGCGCGUUUGGAGCAGGCUAUCCCCGAGAUCUUGUCUUAUAUGCCUGGCGUGGAUCCGUCGGCUAUCGCGUUGGAUUACUGCGGUAUUAGGCCGAAGUUGGGCCGGGGCGGUGCCGUGAAUAUAGGCCAGGGAUUCCAGGACUUUAUUAUUCAAGAGGAAGAGGGAUUCCCUGGGUUUGUGAACCUGUUGGGAAUUGAAAGUCCGGGCUUGACGAGUUGCUUGGCUAUUGGGGAGAUGGCCGAUGGAAUACUUUAUCGGUAG